AGCGAUCCGUACUCCAGCCCUUCUUCGUUUUUUUUUAAAUUCGAAAUUAUCACAUCUUCUGUAAUUACAAAACAAACCCCAAGAACUAAUCACAAGUUUAUAAAUACAAACCCAUUAACUCUCUCUUUCUCUCAAUUUCGAUCUGAAGAAGCUCUGUAUCGAAAGAAUCCUUCGCCACCUUAGUCGCCUCUGUCGAUCAUCGCCAAUCCCCGUUCACAUUAAACGGAGGCGGAGAUGGAGAAUUUCUUCGAUGAACUCCUGAACGAUGAUUCUCAACCCACAUCGGCGCCACAAUCCGCGACUUCUUCCGGAAAUAGUGGGAUUGCCAUAGCCAAACCCAACUCUGCAUCCAGGCUAUUGGAUCCUCCCAUCGCAUAUGGCUAUAAGUAUGGCAGCGACAUUGCUGGAUUUUCUGAAGCAUCAUCCUGCUGUUCGAGCUCCACCCCAUUCGUCCCUUCCCAGACGGAGGCCGAACUCCGGUCACCGGAUUUUGAUUUCCUUCCUCAUAAUGCGGUGGGGAAGGAGAUGGAUUACAUUAGGCUUCAACAGAGACUUCAGGCUCUGCAGAUUCAAGAGGGGAUUGCUGGAGAUCACUCUGCUGCGGCUGGAAACUUGCAGUGUUCUUACCCAAUGUGGCGUCAAUCUCAAUCCCCUACAGCUUAUUAUUCCAAUGCUUUAAAUCCCAAUAAGGCGAUCAAUGUAACGGCAAGCCAAAAUGGAUUUGCUCUGAACGAAAAUACCCUAAACUUGCUCAACACGCAGGCUUCCUCUGUUAGAGUUCCAAGGAACACCGAAGUUUGUGGGUGUGAGGAUAGUUUUAUCAUACAGGGGAAUGACAUUUCUUAUGCUGAAACUAAUGCGAUUGGGUUUGGUAGAGAGCGGAGCUUGCCUCAGAUUGAUGCUCAUAUGGAUGCCAUGAUUCGUCUAAGACGAGUCGAUUCUUUUCCUGAUGUGAAAAGGUCCAUCUAUCAUAUAGCCAAGGACCAAAAUGGCUGUCGUCUUCUGCAUCAAAAGAUUGAUGAAGGGAAUGCUUAUGAAAUCUCUGCCAUUUUUAAUGGGAUCAUUGGUCAUGUGGUCGGGUUAAUGGAGAACGGUUGUGGCAACUAUCUCAUUCAGAAGUUGAUUGGCAUCUGCAACGACCAACAGAGGAUAAGGAUUGUUCAAAUGCUAACAGAAGACCCAAAUGUGUUUAUUAGGGUCGCUCUAAACACGCACGGGACAAGGGUUGUGCAGAAAUUGAUUGCUACUAUUAAAACUCGAUACGAAGCAAAUUUGAUUAUUAAAGUUCUCAUUCCUUCCUUCGUCAAACUUAUCAAAGAUUUAAAUGGCAGCCAUGUCAUUCAAAGUUGUCUUACCUCUCUCACACUUGAGUAUAACAAGUUUAUUUUUGAUGCCGCUGCUAGGAAUUGUGUUGAUAUUGCCAAGCAUCGAUAUGGAUGCAGAGUAUUACAUGCAUGCAUAAAUCAUUCUACUGGAGAUCAACAAAGAAAGUUGCUGGCAGAAAUUUCUGCAAAUGGUCUUGAUCUCGCCAAAGAUGCCUUCGGGAAUUACACUGUACAAUUCAUACUCGAUCUCCACAAUUCAAUAGCAAAUGCAAAUUUUAUGUGCCAAUUCAAAGGAAAUUAUGUAGAUUUGUCAAAGCAAAAGUUCAGCAGCAAUGUUGUUGAAAAGUGUAUCGAAGUCUUUGAAGAUGAUGAUCGAGCAAAGCUUAUAUUAGAAUUGCUUUUCGCUUCAGAAUUUAAAGAAUUACUUGAAGAUCCUUACGCAAAUUAUGUUAUUCAAAGUGCUCUUACAGUUACUAAGGAUCCUCUUCUUCAGUCUUUAAUUGUUCAAGCCAUACGUCCUCAUGCUGAAGAAUUAAAAUCUUGCCCAUAUUUCAAGCAAAUUAAUAAAAUCAUAUCAAGAAAUUGAUGUGCAAAAUUUUUUUUUUUUUCUGUUGGUAGGGAUUUUGUUUGUUGAGAGAAUGUUGUUGUCAGUUUAGAAUUUAACAGAAAUUGUUAUGCAAUUAUUUUGGUGUAGGAUGUAGAUACAAUGUUUUGCUAAUGUGUAGUUAUAAUCAAGGCUUCGUUUG